AUGGACGACUUUGUGGACUCGGUUCCUCCCAAGCUGCGUAAGUAUUUACAGCUUUACCAAUCGUAUCUUGAUCGCAGUGUUCCGCAUGUGGGAGUUCGGUGGUCCAUUUUUGGCGGGCUUCUUGUUGUUUUCCUUUUGCGUAUUGUGAUUGCCCAAGGCUGGUACAUUGUCUGUUACGCACUUGGAAUCUAUCUGCUCAAUUUGUUUCUCUUAUUUCUGCAACCAAAAUUCGAUCCAUCGCUUGAACAGGAGGAACGCAGAGAAGAGACCCAGGCCGCUGAGAGUCUUGAAGAAGGUUCAGAGGCUGGUCCCUCAACUAGCGGCGCGGAUUUCGAUGGGAUCCCUACCGAAGAGGCUGGCAAUUAUGAUCGUGACCAUGAUGAUGAUAGAGCAAACGAGUUCCGACCAUUUAUUCGACGUCUCCCGGAGUUUAAGUUUUGGUACAAUGGUGUUCGGGCAACAGUAGCGGCUCUUGUGUGUUCGUUUUUUGACUUUUUCGACAUUCCUGUCUUUUGGCCCAUUCUGCUCAUGUACUUUAUUGUUCUUUUUGUGCUGACCAUGAGACGGCAGCUCCAGCACAUGCUAAAGUACCGAUAUCUUCCCUUUGAUCUGGGCAAAACAAAAUAUAACAAAUAA